AUGGACCCCACCGCCUUCCUCGGUGACGGACUGGUGCAGAAGCAACGCGAAGAGGAGUUGCAAGAAGCCAAGUGGCGCGUGAAGGGAGAGCAGAAGGAGAGGGAACGCCAGGCGCCAGAAGACAAAAAGUUGUCAAACCUUAAGGUGCCAGAAGACAAGAAGUUGUCAAAUCUUGAGGCGCUAGGGCCAGUUGGUGAUCGUGUUCCUUCCAACGGGCCUCCGCCGAGAAUGAAGGCAGCGGGCCCAGGAGAGCUUUAUGGUCCUCGCAUUCCUCCGCCUCCACCGGCGCUAGGGCCAGUUGGUGAUCGUGUUCCUUCCAACGGGCCUCCGCCGAGAAUGAAGGCAGCGGGCCCAGGAGAGCUUUAUGGUCCUCGCAUUCCUCCGCCUCCACCGGCGCUAGGGCCAGGAGAAGUUCAUGGUCCUUGCAACCCUCCACAGGCGCUGAACUACUUGAACUUGAACAAGAAAUAUGAGGUGACCAACAAGGUGGUACCUAUGGGACGCCCGCACACGCCAUUUCUUUCCUGGCACGAGGAGUCUUUAGCAUCCGUGAAGACGUUAUUAACCAAGGUCUCGCAUUCCGACAGAUGGGCAGAUGCUCCGGUUCAGGACGACAAGAAUUCCACCAUACACAGCAUCCAGACGGAAGGACAAGGCUUUACUACCGAAGAGCUGGCCAGAAUCCGUGAGCAGUUCGGGCUCAACAAGCCAAAAAAACAAAGUUUCACUCCGAAGGAAGAUGAGGCGCUGCAUCGGAAACGGAGCUGGAAAGAGGGAAAAGAAGACUUCGAGAGCGAUAGCUUGGAAGGCCACAAGGACAAACUCUCAAGGGUGGGUGACGCAGUCCAGACCGUUGGGAAAGACCACCAGGAUGAGGCUGCAUGCAGCGAAUCAGAUACAACAGAGGAUAGUUUGGCCGAAGAAGUCGGCGUGAUAGAUGAGGCAGCCGCAGUGCGUUUUGAAGAGUGGCUUCAGGGCAAGAGGGACAGAGUCGAAGAGAAGGACUACAUGCAUUUCAAUCGAAAGGCCUACAGAGACUUAGUUGUGGAUCCAGGUUGGAAAGUCACGACAAAGCCGCAUGACGAAUGUGGCUUUCCUGAUCCAGGCAAAACGGAUUGGAAUCAUCCUGAGAAGGUGUCAGAACACUACUAUUGGUGCAUGGGUGGCUUGCCAGGCAUGGAGCGAGGUCUCCUCCUCAAGCCUUCCAUGGAUCCGCCUCAAGAUCCGCCGCCCAAAACACCACCCAUCGCCCUGGGAUCUGCUCUCAAAGAUCGCCAUCGCCCAUUCAAGCCUCGGUCGCCUUCGCGAUCUCCUGCCCGGCCGCCCGCACGAUCUCCUGCUCGGUCGCCUUCGCGGACUCCUUCGCAAAAAGUCCGACAACGAGGGGGGAGGAGGCUUCAAACAGCUCGACGGCGGAGUCGCACUCGCACCCCACCCAGCCGCAGGGUUCCGGAGCGAUCCAACCCGGCCCUGGAACAGUUUCUCAUCGACCGUGAGAUCAAUGAAAAGGCAACGCAGGUUCUCCGCCAGGCGGCUCCUGAAGUGCAGGAGCAACUGCUACGAACCAUUCGCUUGGACCAUGCAUACAACCCUUCGGGGGUUGCGCUCACGAAGCUCCGGGAGCUCGAACUCCCCCGGGGCCGUCCGACGCCGCCCGAACCACGCGACGCGUGGACCCGCGCGACAGGAGACGAGAGACCCGAGGCGCCGAGGAGACGGGACGGACGCCGAGCAGACGCCUUCUCGGCACGGAGGAUACUGCUUGAAAGAAUCCUGGGAGAGCCAGACUUUGCACACUACCAAAGGGAGGGGCGACACGAAUUGGUUCCGGUGAGGCAGAUCAAACAAGUUCAAGAAGACCCACGCGCUGGAACUCCUGUCCUCAUCCGAUGGGACUUCAACAACUACACCUUGGUCUAUGGAUCUCUGUCGCAGGCCGAAGGUGGAAAUGUCCGCGCUUCUGUCUACGAUUGGGACACUGUACCAGCACCCCUUGCAUGCAAGAUGGCGCUGGACAGCCAGGAUUUGAGAGAUGCCCUUCGUCCUUUCCUCCAUGGCAAGCGGCAUGCGCUCUAUGAUCCGGCGGAGAACAGGGAGGCGUGGAAGGACUACUCCUCAAAGCGGGCGCUUGUUGAAGUGCAGUACAUCAGACAUUCGCACAAUGAGGUCAAUCGCUACUUUGCACAUGGUGAGCAUGCCAACAGUUCAGUGCUGGACUUGAUCGAGGACCUCAUCAAUGAGAAAGCCCACCCACAGGAUCUUACUCCCUUCGUGGUGAUCCAGUUCACCAAGCUGGAGUAUUGGGCGGUCUUUGGGAAUCGACGGCUCAAAGCCCUGAAAGAGUUCCAAAAGUACCUGGAUGACAGGCGCGACCCUCUCCAAGUGAAGGCAAGAUGUCUAGUCUGGAAAAAGGAAGAGGUGCCAGCAGUCCUUGCCUGCAAACUGGCCAUGAGUACAACGACCACGAACCUCGGCAAGUUUGCGGAUUGGGCUGACAAGAAAGGAAAAGGCAAAGGAAAAGGCCGUCGUUGA